CCGGAGGUGCCCGAGAGGCCUUGCCGGAGGUUGCCGAACGUCUCCGGGGGUGCCCGAAGCCUCUCCGGAGGUGCCCGAAGGGCUCCGAACCGGCCGUGCCGGCGCGGAGGCGGCGGGAGCGGCGAUGAAGCGCGGCCGGGGCCGGGCCCGGGGGUAGCGCGGCCGAGCGAGCGGCCAUGGCGGCCAACAUGUACCGCGUCGGCGACUACGUUUACUUCGAGAACUCCUCCAGCAACCCUUACCUGGUGCGGCGAAUCGAGGAGCUCAACAAGACCGCCAAUGGCAACGUGGAGGCCAAGGUGGUUUGUUUGUUCCGGCGGCGAGACAUUUCCAGCAGCCUCAACAGCCUGGCUGACAGCAACGCCCGGGAGUUCGAGGAGGAGUCGAAGCAGCCGCCGAUGACGGAGCAGCAGCGGCACCAGCUCAAGCACCGGGAGCUGUUCCUGUCCCGCCAGUUCGAGUCCCUCCCGGCCACCCACAUCCGGGGGAAGUGCAGCGUGACGCUGCUGAACGAGACCGACAUCCUGGGGCAGUACCUGGAGAAGGAGGAUUGUUUCUUCUACUCGCUGGUGUUCGACCCCGUGCAGAAAACGCUGCUGGCGGAUCAGGGCGAGAUCAGGGUGGGCUGCAAGUACCAGGCCGAGAUCCCUGAGCGCCUGGCUGAAGGUGAGUCUGACAACAGGAACCAGCAGAAGAUGGAGAUGAAGGUGUGGGACCCCGACAACCCCCUGACAGACCGGCAGAUCGACCAGUUCCUGGUGGUGGCUCGGGCUGUGGGGACGUUUGCCCGGGCUCUGGACUGCAGCAGCUCCAUUCGCCAGCCCAGCCUGCACAUGAGCGCGGCCGCCGCCUCCAGAGACAUCACCCUGUUCCACGCCAUGGACACGCUGCAGAGGAAUGGCUACGACCUGGCCCGGGCCAUGGCCACGCUGGUGCCGCAGGGGGGGCCGGUGCUGUGCCGGGAUGAGAUGGAGGAGUGGUCGGCGUCCGAGGCCAUGCUGUUCGAGGAGGCCCUGGAGAAAUACGGCAAGGACUUCAACGACAUCCGGCAGGAUUUCCUGCCCUGGAAGUCUCUGGCCAGCAUUGUCCAGUUCUACUACAUGUGGAAAACCACUGACCGCUACAUCCAGCAGAAGAGGCUGAAGGCAGCGGAGGCCGACAGCAAACUGAAGCAAGUCUACAUCCCCACCUACACCAAACCCAACCCCAACCAGAUCAUCUCGGUGGGCUCCAAACCCGGCGUCAACGGGGCCGGGUUCCAGAAGGGGCUGAGCUGUGAAAGCUGCCACACGUCCCAGUCCCCCCAGUGGUACGCCUGGGGCCCCCCCAACAUGCAGUGCCGCCUCUGUGCCUCCUGCUGGAUCUACUGGAAGAAAUACGGGGGGCUCAAGACCCCCACCCAGCUGGAGGGGGUGACCCGCAGCGCCUCGGAGCCGCACUCGCGGGGUCACCUGUCCCGGCCCGAGGCGCAGUCGCUGUCGCCGUACACGACGAGCGCCAGCCGGGCCAAGCUGCUGGCCAAGAACCGCCAGACGUUCCUGCUGCAAACCACGCGGCUGACGCGGCUCUCGCGCCGCCUGUGCCGGGACGGGACGGCUCAAGCCCCCCUGAAGCCGAAGACCCCCCGAGGCACCAAGACCCCGAUCAACCGGAACCAGCUGAGCCAGAGCCGGGGGCUGGCGGGGCUGGGGGGCAAGAGGGGCUACGAGGUCGGAACGGCGGCGCUGCCGUUCUCGGCCAACGGGCGCCCCCUGGCGGCCGCGCUGCGCCCCGCGCCUCCCCCCGGAACCAAACGGCAGAAACUGAACCCGGCGGACGCCCCGAACCCCGUGGUGUUCGUGGCCACCAAGGACACCCGGGCGCUGCGGAAGGCUCUGACACACCUGGAGCUCCGCCGGGCCGCCCGGCGCCCCAACCUCCCCCUGAAGGUGAAACCGGGGCUGCCCCUGCGCCCGGGGGGGGCCUUGGCGCCCCCCGCCGCCCCCCACCCCGCCAGCACCUCGGAGCCCAUCGUGCUCGAGGACUGA